GGGGCAUUAAGCUCGUAGCUCCUUUCAAUGGGUACUACCCACCGUCCACAUCGAGUUUUCAUCUCGGGUUCUAUCUAGGAAGGCAUUCCUAUGGCAGGGGUUCGGUCGCCUCGACCCCCAUAGGAUCCUAUUCAUACAUCUAACCUCAAUUUACUUGAUGACGCAUACCCGUCAAAAUCUAAAACUCCAUACCCAACGUAGAAGCUUAAAUAGGCUAGUAGAGAAAAUUAGGGCGACUUACCCAAACACAAUUUCUUCGUGGGAUGGACUCCUUAGCUCACAACUCACAAGCAACCUCUUCUAAAGAUUUUGUCGCAAUUUAUCCACGUAUACUUGGGCGGUGUUUGGACCCGAUGCUAAGUUAGGUCUGUUCGUUCAUGCUUCAGUUAGGGCCGAGUAUUCCUCCAUUGGGCUUUACUUGUGGUUACUGGUAGGCUUCUCCAUCAUUAGACCUUGUCUUUAACGUGAAAGCUCCUUGAACUUCUCUCUUUAGCUCCUUUAGUCCUCUAGAAUCAUCUCAUGCUUGAUCCAAAUUCUCCUAGGUUGUUUUGUACCUUGAAAACCAUUAAAAAACAUAUCAAGAAGGCAUCGAAGAGUAUGAGAGGUCGUAUGAGAAAACUGAGCGAUAGAGUAUUUUCCUCUGAAAUCGUGGCUAAAUAAUUUCAUAGCUCAAAAACCUACUAUCGGCUUGGACUCCGAUAUACAAAUUUGGGAUAAAAUUCUUUUUGUUAACCGGAUUUCUAACAAAAUCUCUGACGCGGUUCAGAUAAGGUCUUUUCCAUUCAAAUCUUCAAAUUUACUCAAAAUUAAAAAGUAGCACUUCUAUAGUUGAUUUAUUUCCCGAUUUCCCCGAUUUCCAUAUAUCCUAGUUACAACUUACAAUGUUGUUAAAUAUUUUUUCUAUGUCUAAAUUGAAUGUAUUUAUCGUUAAAUAUCUCGUUCUUCCACCACAAAUGGAAAACAUGAACAAAGACCAAGAUCGCGCCUAUCACCAUUUCCCUCCCAUUCUCCCCUGCCUAUUCUUGUAAGCAUUUUUUUUUUUUCAGAAACAAGGAAAAUCUAUUUCCCUCCUACAAAACAGAGGCUAAAUCCCAACUUCUUCUUCCGCCAAAAACAAGAAAAAAAGUAUCAUUUUCUCUCGUUCGUCCUGCUAGAGUGCCGACGGCGGAUCCCCGGCUGGCCCUCUUCGGCUUGGAUCCGGCAAUGUGUCGCGUGCCUCGCCCCUGAAGACGAAAGAAGAGGAAUGGCGUAAAAUCUCGAUGGAGAAACCGAUCACUGCCUCUGAUUCGCAGGAGAAGAGGCGGUUGAAUUUCGCUUGCCAUCAUCAUCGAAUCGUCGUCGAGAAGAGGAGGUCGCAUCGCCCUUAGUCGCCGUCGUCGAGGUCCAAUCUCCACUAAUCCCCCCCUCUGUUUUUCCAUCGCUGCGCGCGGAGGUUAGAACAAGUGAGGAAUUUGAUUCAUCGCCACCGCCAAUCCCCAAUUCCUCUCGCCGAAUCCGGCUGAUCAACCAUGAAUCCCUUCAACAGAUUUUUCGUCUUCCGGGUCAACUCGUUCUCCCUCAACCUUUUCUAUUUCCUCUUCCUCUCCUUCGCCGGCUACUGGAUCCUCAUCUACCUCGGGACCCGGCCGGGCGCCGACGUCCCACGGACCAUCGACUACGUCUUCACCGCCGUCUCCACCGCCACCGACUCCAGCAUGUCCGUCAUCGAGAUGGAGGCCUUCUCCAACUCCCAGCUCCUUUUCAUGACCUUCCUCAUGUUCGUCGGCGGCGAGGUCUUCGUCUCCGUGGUCGUGCUCACGCUGAAAGCCUUUCGGGUGAGGACCAAGUCACGGAUGGCGGCAGAGGAGGAGGAGAAAAGCAGGGCCACCCCAACCUCGAGUCCACCCGGUGAUCAUCGUCACGAGCUGGAAUUGAGCGUUGGAAAGGAUGAGAGAGCUCCAUCCCCGUCGUCAAUCGACGAUCAAGAACGAAUUUUGGAGUCCAAAUCGGUCCAAUUUCUAAGCUUCAUCUGUCUGUGCUACCUGAUCGUAAUCCACAUUUUUGGGGUUGCUCUGCUUUCCGCGUACGUCACUCUGUCUCCCAGCGCGAGCAGAGUCCUGGAGGAGAAAGGGAUAAAAAGGUUCACUUUCGCCCUCUUCACCGCGGUCUCCACUUUCGGGAGCUGCGGAUUCAUCCCCACAAACGAGAACAUGAUCGUGUUCAGGCAUAACACCGUGAUGCAGCUGAUUCUGAUCCCCCAGGUUCUGAUGGGGAACACCAUGUUCCCGCCCUGCCUCCGCCUCUGCGUCUGGCUCGCCGGGAAAUUGUGGAAGGCGAAAUCGGACUGCACCGAGUACCUGUUGCGGAACAGCAAGAGGAUCGGAUUCUACCACCUCCUUCCCGGGCGGGAAUCGGUGUGGCUGACGGGCACGGUGGUGAUAUUCCUGGCGGUUCAAUUCGCUCUGUUCUUGGGGACGGACUGGUGGUCGGAGGGUCUGAUCGGGCUGAACACGGUGGAGAAGCUGGUCGGGGCUCUGUUCCUGACGGUGAACGCUAGGCAUUCCGGCGAGACCAUUGUGGAUCUCAACACCAUUUCCGCGGCGUCUCUUGUGGUGUUCGUCGUUAUGAUGUACCUUCCGCCCUAUACGUUCUUCCUUCCCAUGAAGGCAGGGCGUGAAGUGGCAAAGACCAACAAUCAAGGAGAAAGCGUUAAGUACAUGAUUCAAGACGGUCAUAAUGAUAACACUACUGGUGAAAUCACAAGGCCGAGAAUAAAAGGAGGAGUUCAUCAUGGUCACAAUAACAACAAGUUUAUCGAGAAUUUUAUAGUCUCGCAGCUCUCCUUCUUAUCGAUAUUCAUUAUUUUGAUAUGCAUCACCGAGCGGCAGAGUAUAGUAAAAGAUCCCCUCAACUACAACGUUUUCAACAUCAUCUUCGAAGUCAUCAGUGCAUAUGGGAAUGUCGGGUUCUCGAUGGGAUACGGGUGCAAAAGGCAGAUAAAUCCCAGUGGGGAUUGCCAGGACAAGUACUACGGCUUCUCUGGGAAAUGGAGUGAUGAGGGCAAAAUCGUUCUCAUUCUGGUCAUGUUGUUUGGAAGGCUCAAGAAGUUCAACAUGGACGGAGGGAAAGCUUGGAUACUUCUCUGAUCAAUGGAUCGACCAUAAUUUGUAUCUCACCGAUGUUCUGUCUAAAGCAAAAAGAGAGUUCUACCAAAAAAAAAAAUAAAGCAAAAAGAGAGUUGAUAAUUAAUAUUGGUAGCAAAAUGUCGAGUAGAUAUAAGAAAGAUUGUAAAUGUAC